AUGUCUCUUCAAUACUUCCCCGCGGUCAAGCCCUCGGCCAUCGCCCUCGGCACCUUCUUCAACCACGGCGUCGACCUCGUCGUCCUCGCCCCCAUUUUCGGCCAGACCUACCACCGCGCAAAGGCCUCCAACACCAAGGAGGAGUUCAUCCGCUCUCGCGAGGCCAGCGGCGCCGCCGUCGCCUGGGGCACCUCGUUUGUCGGCUCCGCCCUGCAGAGCUACGGCGUGGGAGCUCUGCUCAACGCCACCGGCACCCUGAGCCACAAGGGCGCUGCGUACCUGGGUGCUUUGAUCUUUGCCGCCACCUCUGCUCCUACGUUCAUCACCCAACUCUUCAGCGAAAAGAGGCCUCUGGACACUGUUGGCGUCAACAUCGCUGCCAAGUUGCUAGAGACCAUCGGCCUGUCCUUGGUUCUCAACUGGUGGGGAACCAGGACCAACCCCUUUGCCUAA